GCAUAUGCAUCCUGGUCCUUCCUUCCCCUGUGUUCGCCCUUGUGUUCGUUCCCCUUCAGCUGGAUACCUGUUUUGUCGUUUAGCAGCUCAACACCUGAUAUCAUCUUUCCCACGAGCAAUAUACGAUAGUUUCCCCAUCUAAUUAUUCAGUCUCUCUGCACUCUUAUGGUCUACAACUAAUAUAGGAGAUUUCCAAAGCUCCGUGACAGCUAUUGCAAGUGUUUAGAAUAUCGUCAAUAAGCAAAUCCCGGACAAGGCUUACUUUUCUUGAUUUUGAAUUCCCUCAAAUCACCACCAUGGGGGUGUUUUGCGCUUACUGUGGGAAGAGCUUCACGCGCAAAGAGCACCUGGAGAGACAUCUCCCAACCCACACAAACGUAAAACCGCACAGAUGCAGCGCUUGUCAGUUGUCUUUUGCCAGAAGGGACUUACUACAGCGACACCAUUCCACAUAUCAUGAAGUACGAGAUCCCAUGGAACCAAUCCCAGGCGGUGUUCCAACCGUAGCUGGCCGAACUCCCAUCGCUUGUCUCAACUGCGCUCAAGCUAAGACGGGCUGUGAUAAGAGAGUCCCUUGUGCACGAUGUUCAGAUAAAAAUCUUGAGUGCCAAGCGCGAUUUGCACGACGGUCUUCCAAGGCUGCCUUGAGGGCUGCGCAAGUUACUGCUGCAGCGCAAGCUACUGCCGCGAUGAGCAGUAUUCAGAACCAAAUCGCAUUGCCACCACCCCAAAGCGUACCAGCAACGCCGGCCACCACAAUUAACCCUGUUUUUAUGGAUAUAGACCAAAAUAGAGUAAAUCCCGAAUCAGCCAUACCGUCUUCUAUGUCACCUGAAAACGCCAACAAUCCCAUAACAAUCGACCCGCGAAUACAACCACACGAAAGCCCUCUCAAGUUAAACUCACCUGCAAUUUCACAAAUGAGCGCUGAUGACUUCCUAGCCUCUCACCCUGGAGUCGGGGUUCUCGACCACUUCCUUAGCUUAAGUGGUGACUUGAUACAACCCCCUCAAAAUAUUGAUGACGUGAUGGGCUGGACUGAUUACAAUCUGGAUUUUGACAUAUACGCCAACAAUAUGUCCCUUCAAGCCGACGCCCCCAUGCCCGUUUUUAAUGAAACUAGUGAUCUUUCAUCUAGUUCAGAUCCGACGGGCUCUUCGAGAGCGUCUAUCCAUACGAGGAGCACUAGCAUAGUUUCCUCGGGGGAUUUUGAUCUCGCUGUUAAACCAUCAGUUGAUAUGACUUUGAAUACCCUAACUAAUGCAAUGAUACCCGAAUUCGAAGUUGUCAUAGCGGCUGACGCUGCUUGGCCCCUAGCUCGGUGUAAUCCGCUUAUAUAUUCAAAUACAUGCCCGAGAACUGCUAUAGUUCAUUUGGAAUGUCUAGAGCAAAAGUCGCGGCAUGAGGAUACAUGGAAUGCCUUGGAGCAAUAUCUAGAGCAGGUCGAACGGAAUUCGCCCGACAUGGCUUCGGUUGUCCCCAUGACGUCUCGCAGUCGCGAUAAUCUGCUCGCCAUAACGCAAACCUUCCUACACAAAGCGCUUGAAAUCCAUCGCGGAGGGGUGAACACCCCAGUCAAAAACUACGUAACCUCGAGGAUAUUGAGCUUCUUGGUUCUCCCACCUUCGAAAAUACUCGAGUAUUUCCUCCGGUCUUACCUUCGGAACCUGUCUUUUUUCUACUCGCUGCUUCCGGCCGGCUGCGUAGACCCGAAUGAGUUACUUCAGAACAACCAAGUAGGGGCACUUCUAGUACUGCUCAUGAUUGCGCAGGGCGCGUCGGCGAUCCCUACGGCGGAAGCAAGGGCUCUUUCAACCGGCCUGCUGGAGACGUGCCGCAUCUCGCUUUUCGAUAUAAUCGAGAAAGACAUAGAGAUGUGUGCCGACCCGACCACGCUUAGAUGCGCCCUGCUCUUCACGCUCCUAGGUGCUUGGAGCGGAGAUAAGUGGCUCAUGGAUAUAGCCAUGGGACAGCGCGGGAUGUAUCUGUCGAUGUUGAAACACGCCGGAAUGUUCGAAGCUCAGCCGUCUACGAUUCCCACAUUUACCAGCUCGACCAAUGCAGAGCUUGAAUGGCAUUCAUGGAUACACCGAGAAGCCCAAAAUAGGCUGGCCUAUAAUUUUGUCAUGGUGGACCAAGAACUCAGCUUGUUCCAUGACACCGCGCCCAUGCUGUCGACAAGUGAGCUCUGUGCACCAUUGCCUGGUCCCGAGCUGCUCUGGAUGGCCGUUAAUGUAGAUCAAUGGAUCGCUGCGGUGCAAUCUACCUACGGCUGCAACGCAAACGUCAACCCCCAGCUUUUGACUACUACUCCCCCUCCCGUCACAACCUCCCUUUACGAGUUGUUUCAGGGCUUCCUGAACGAUAACCUACCUAGGGGCCAGGGAAGCCUGACACCACAACAGCUGCGCCUGCUGCUGCACCCGCUCCAGUCCUCCCUACACCACGUCAUGCAGAUGCUCCGGUGCUUCCCGGACGUCAUUGAUACGCAGCGCGCCGGCAGCCGGACGGACAUUAAAUUGUCCUUCGAAUCGCGCCGCAGGGAGAUCCAGGGCCUGCUCGAGCAAUGGUACGAGAUGACGAUGGCGUACUGCGAAACGAACCCGACGUGCACCACCAUCAAGACCAACCUGGUGCUCUACCACCUGAUCUCGCUGAACGCCGUCACCAACUUCCAAGAGAUCGAGCGGCUCGCCCGGCGCGAGGGCUUCGUCGAAGGCUGCUACUGGGAGUGGGAGCUGUCGCUGCGGCACAAGCGCUGCAUUCUCCAGCGCGAGGAGACUAUCCUCCACAGCGGGCAGCUCCUGCGGCUCCUGCGCUCGAUGCCGCGCGACCGCCGCCCUACCUGGUGGAGCGCGGCCGUGUACCGGGCCGCGCUCAUCCUGUGGGCCGACAACGUCUCCUGGCUCGACACCAGCUUCCAGGCGCACGACGAGUCCGGGGCCGGGUCCGCCGCCGCCGCCGCCGCCGCCCUCGACCAGCUCAGCCCCCCGAACCCCGGCCCUCCGCCCUCGUACUCCUGGAACAAGGACCCGCGCGACGCGGCGGGGGCCGCCGCCAACGUCCGCUUCGAGAAGCCCGGGGACGUGCUUGAGUGCGCCAUCAAGAUGCUCGAGGACGGCAUCAGCUCGAGGUUUACCGACGGGAUAAGAAGAAAGCUUCUGGCGAUGAGCGCGAAUUGGCAAAAUGUCGAGCUGAGCAGUAGCACGGUGACUGUGUAGGCACCUGCACCCAAUAUAUGCUAAAAGCUAUAUCAAGGAGCCUGGAUAAGCUGUACCCUUGUUGGCUUCUUAUUUGCUUAUGUGUUUAUUUUUAUUUUUUGUGUGCGUGUGUGUCCUUCUUCCAAUACCACCAUCAUCGCCAUUGGGAAUUCACAUUGUCAGGACACACGUCAAAAUAUGCAUAGGCACACGGUAUAUUACUAUGGACGAGGAGCGCUGACCCGUCAUAGGACAACGGGGCAGCGUUUGGAUUCCAUCCUGACAGACAGGUAGAUAAAAAAAAGGGGGGAGGGGGGCAUUAGUUGCGCAUUACACACCAAGUACCAAUACGUAUACCCAGAUGGGGGGGCAAGAAAGGAAAGGAAAAGAAAGGUGGACAGACAGACACAGACGAUGACCACAAUGCUGAUGAUGGGAGACUACUGCUUGGUGAAGUCUAUCUUGUCUACCUUGUGUAAAAAAAAAAGUUUUGCACAUAUUUUCCACCAACGAACACUCACAACUCGAGGAGCAGGGGAUGGGGCUACUUAACCACACAACACAACUUGAAGGCUAGGUAGUCUUCAUAAACUGUGAACCAAGGCGGCGGGAAUGGGUUGAUCAGGGCCGAUCAAAAACAGUUAGGAUGGAAUAGAUGUGCAUGUUUACAGGCGGUUGGGAUUGGGGAUAGCAUGAGUAC